AUGCUACCCAGGGGCAGAGAUCCAGUUUUUGUGGUGAAUAUAGGGGUUAAUGAUGUAGGGAAAGAACAAGAGUUUGACAAAGCAAUUGAUUUCUACACCCAGGCCAUAGAGCUCAAUCCAACUGUUUCCGUCUACUAUGGAAAUCGAAGCUUUGCUUACUUGAAAAGUGAAUAUUUUGGCUCUGCUCUAAAUGAUGCUUCAAAAGCUCUUGAGCUUGACAAGAACUAUGUUAAGGGCUACUAUCGUCGUGCUGGUGCAUACAUGUCUCUUGGAAAAUUCAAGCUAGCAUUAAAAGAUUUUGAAAUGGUUACAAAAGCAUGUCCGAAUGACAAAGAUGCCAAAAUGAAGUUCACUGAGUGUAAUAAGAUUGUUAGAAGGAUGGCAUUUGAGAAAGCAAUAGCAGUGGAUGACUGUAGGAAGUCUGUAGCUGAUACUAUAGAUCUAGAAAACAUGUGUAUAGAGGAAGAUUAUACCGGACCUCAGCUUGAAAAUGGAAAAGUAACAGACAGUUUUAUUAAAGAGCUCAUGCAGAACUUUAAGGAUGGCAAAAAACUUCAUAGGAAAUAUGCUUAUAAGAUCCUUCUUGAUGUUAAAGAAAUGUUUAAGAAGCAGCCAUCUCUUAUUGAUAUCCAUGUACCAGAUGGUAAGAAAUUCACCAUAUGUGGAGAUAUACAUGGGCAGUACUAUGACCUUCUGAAUAUUUUUCAAUUGAAUGGAUUACCAUCUGAGUCAAAUCCUUAUCUUUUCAAUGGAGAUUUUGUAGACCGAGGCUCGUUUUCUGUAGAAUGUAUCUUCACAUUAUUUAGUUUCAAACUUCUUUAUCCAAACCAUUUCUUCAUGUCCAGAGGAAAUCAUGAAAGUCAGACUAUGAAUCAAAUGUAUGGAUUUGAAGGAGAAGUGAAGGCAAAAUAUUCCUCUCAAAUGGCAGAUCUCUUUACAGAAGUGUUCAACUGGCUACCUCUAGCACAUUGUGUCAACAAUAGGGUUUUAAUAAUGCAUGGAGGAUUAUUCUCUCAGGAUGAUGUUACCUUAGAUGAAAUACGGAAAGUUGAAAGAAACAGACAACCGCCAGAAGAAGGUAUUAUGUGUGAACUUUUGUGGUCAGACCCCCAGCCACAGAAAGGUCGUUCACCAAGCAAGCGAGGGGUUGGAACCCAGUUUGGACCAGAUGUAACCAAAAACUUCCUUGAACUCAAUAAACUUGAAUACAUUAUUCGAAGCCAUGAGGUUAAACCGGAAGGUUAUGAAGUUGCUCACGAUGGACUGUGUUUAACAGUUUUCUCAGCACCCAAUUACUGUGACACGAUGGGGAACAAAGGUGCAUUCAUUACAACUGAAGGCAAGACCCUCAAACCAAAAUUUGUCACAUAUGAGGCAGUGCCUCACCCGAAUGUGAAGCCUAUGGCCUAUGCAAGCAAUCUGUUGGGGUUUAUUUGACCUAGGAAAGAACUGUAGAAAAGUAAUAAAUUAACUAAACACAGCUGUACAAA